AGAUAGAAAGAGAUCUGAAGAACUAAGUGUGGUCCUAUCUCGUCCCGGUAACAAAAAUAAAAAAGGGAAACUAAGAGCACGGGCAUGGCGACCAUGACUAUCGUAGAACGGAUUACCUCGACUCGAACAUGUAUCGAUGAUCACUCUUGUAAUCUGUGGCCGCGCCACGCGGUCGUUCAAAAGCGACAAAAUCAAAACCGCUCAUGGUCGUCGUGGGUUCUCGUAGUCAGGAGUUUUGUCGCCGGUCUUUCGAGCUGCCUCGCUGAAAGGCGCUGUUUCGUACGCGUCGAACGCAACGGGGGUGUCUGCUUGCGACAACAUGUACGAAUUGGACACGAUGCUCGCAGGUCGUGUGUGCGACGCCAACGUGUUCGUUGGAAGGCGGUUCGUUCCGCUUCGCUUCUUCUCGCCGGCUUCAUGUUGUGCUAUAUGUAUCAUGACUGCUCGACGUCGGCAGAGAAGCAUCGGGAAAAGAAAGCGACCUACCACCAGAAGUGGCAACGGGGCGGAGACGAGGGCGUCGGCGAGGAUGGCGUCGACUUCAAACCGAUUCGCGGGGCGAACAUGGGGGAGGACGUGAGCCGGCAGUUCAGUGUGGAGGAGCAGGAAAAGACGGAGCAGCGUCUGGAGACCUUCUACGGUCAGGAUUUCCGUUGCAAAGACGCUUUUGUUCUGAAAAGGCGCAGCCCCCUGUUGCUCGAUCUUCUUGCGCAGGAUUCGUCGAUCCGCCCGCUGCAACACCCCGAUGGUAUAUGGGUGAACGCCACCACAGCACAAGAUGGUACGUACCUGCCAGCGUAUCAGAGAGAAGUCAGUGAUCUCGCAGACGAGUGCUGAUAGCCUUGAGAAAAAAACCAUCUUUUCAUGCGGAUUUCUACUUUGCAUAUUCAUAUACGCAGCUGCUAGUUUCGAAGAUUUCCUGGUGUGAUGCGAAAAGCGCACGUUUGGAUGUACAGCCCAACCCGCAUGGUGUUGACUAUUGCGUUUUCGUGACGUGCUUUUUGCAUACACCAAUACCAAAUCCAAAGGCGAAGGACCGACAGUCACGCAGGAGUGUUAUUUGUUGGGAACAAUUGCUGAUGCAGUUUCUCAAGGGCAAGUAGAAGUCACUCGCUUCCCCUCUACAUAGCGCACUUGGCUGACCGCUUGUGGGUAGACUGGUCGAGUUUGCGAAGGGGCUUGCGCGAUUUGGAAACGCAAACACGCUGGGAGGUUCUCCUUGGCUUUGAUCUUAUCGCGCCCGCGGGCGGCAAUCCAGAGAACCAGGCCGGGCAGCCGGUGACACAUCAAGAAAAUGACGAAGAUGCUGCUGUCGCAGAAUUUUUUGCGGACCCAGAACAAGAGACGGUGACUGCAGCCACGACAUCAAGUGCUGGGGCUGACGAAAGUACAACGCAGCGGCACAGCACACCGGCGCGUCGCAGUAUCGAUGACGCAGAACGGACGAGAUCAUCAUCUUCUGGGGUCGCCGACGCUCUGUCUUUUGUGCGGCGAGACGAGGAGGAGAACCGUGCUGGCAAAGGAACAAGGAGUGACAGGGAAUACAUCACCGCCUCUCCAGGACAUUAUGAGGAGCAUGAGCAUAAGGGUGGGCAACGACAUUUGCGAACUGGUCCUCCUGUGAUCCAGCGUAAUUCGCGCCAGCAAAUCGCGCAGCAGGAGCUCGAGAAGCUUGUGCUGCAGCGCCAGGCUAAGUUUGUGAACGAGUUUCUACUGAGCAGUCUGCGCGUGGUUGACUUGGUUGAGCUAGUGGAAUCGUUUGUCGACACCUGUCUGCUGGGUGUGGUCACCAUCCUCAGCAUCGUCAUUGACAGUCGUUUGGCCUCGGACGACAACUAUGGAGCCCUCGCAUAUGUGUGGCGUGUGCUGGACCAGCUGCUCGUGGCAACGCAUCCUGACAUACUCGACGAACAGAACGUCGCGGGCCUGGGCAUCCUCCUUCGCUACAGCAUAGCCACACUAAAGGAGCGCGGCCAAAAAACAAAAACGGAAACCUCGUACACGCAACAAAUUCAGCAUGUAUACGCGGCACUCCUGGACGAGCAACAGGAGCAGGAACAACAAGCGUCUGGGCGUGCAACUACAUCGCUGACGGUCGAAGAGGGCUUCGCGCGGUGGCUCUUCCAACAGGACGCUGGGCUCGUAAAAUGGUUCCGGGAGACGAUCGACCAAGAACAAGUGUUUCGGUUUGCGGAUACAAGAGGAUUGCUAGAUCUGUAUGACGACCCCAUGUUAGGGCAGCGUUCCCUGUGGAACCUCCUGGAGGAACUGCACGUGACAAGAGCAGAUCAGGUGAGCACGCCUAGACGGAACCACGGUCGUGGUCCGCCCGAUAUGAAAAGCCACCACAUACAUCAUUACUCAAAAUCGGAAGGUGCCUUUCUUUGGUGGCCAACCACGAGUCGGCGCUUGUCGCGGAGUUUCCAGCAAUUGAUGCGCAUGAGCCGGGACAAAAUCCCAAACGAUUUUGGGAGCCAGAACGCUUUUCACCAGCGGGCGGACGACCGUUUGAUGAAUAGUGCGAGCGGGACGACGGGCGGCGCUGGAGAUGAUACUAUCGCAGCUAUUAAAGCAACCGGUGCGGAAGGCGAAGGAAAUGCCUCACUUGUUCCGUCUCCUAUGCCUACGAUCGCCCAGGCGUUCAAAGUUUACGUGUACGAUGUCGACGAUCCUCGGUACUACCCGGAGUUGCCCCUGCUUGCACGCGGUGCGCACUUCUGUAAGGAUGUGCAAUGGGGCUUCGAGGUGCGGCUGCACCACUAUUUUCUGGCCUGCGCGUGCCGGACGGAUGACCCAGCGGAAGCGGACUUUUAUUUUGUCCCUCAGUACACGGCAUGCCAUACCCAAGUCGGAACCUUCAAUUACACCGUGUCCUCCCAGCUGCUGAGCCAGCUGGUGCCGAAGCUCGCGCACUUUCCUUACAGCAACGGACGUGACCACGUGUUUGUCUUUUCCGGGGGCGAGGGUGCUGACGGACCCCUGAAAGAAUGGCGGCAGUUCAUUCCGGAGGCGCUGUUUAUCAUGGACGAGCCUGAACUCUGGAAUUACUUCGAAAAGUGGCAGACGCAGCCCUCUUUUAACUUUGCGAAGGACAUUCUCGUGCCACCGCAGAUCAAUAUCGACGAGGUGCGCGCACAACUGGAGGCCAACGUGCCGGAGCUGACCGAGCGCCAGUAUUUGGGCGACUUUGUCGGAUGGAACCGGCGUUUACACGCAGCGCUGGGACGCGCAGAAGGUCCGCGGGGCGUGCUGCUGAGGUGGGCGCGGGAGAACGCCACCGAUUACCCCGACCUGCAUGUAGGCCAGGACGUUCCCUUCAGCGAAGGUAUCCGCGGUCAGGGCUCGUCGGUGUUCUGCUUCAUCCCGCGGGGUAUCUCGGGGUACACAAGCCGCUUCGUGCGCGCGCUUUUUGCCGGGUGCGUGCCAGUUCUGUUGUCGGACCUGUACGAGGUGCCUUUCUGGUCCUUGUUUCCUAAGUUCGCGGACCACCCUUGGAUGAUCAAGUGGCCCAUGCGUUUGAUGGAAGGCGAUCGACUCGCGCGGAGCCUGGUCUUUCGCGGGGAGCAAGCACGACAGGAGUCCGCGACGCUAGGGGAUCUACUAGUUGUAAUCGCUCCGGGAGGACAGGAACACAGUGAUUCGGUGUGGCCGUCAAAAACAGGAGGAGAGGCGUCAAAUUCUCGUGCCCCGAGCACGAGUAAGAUGGGCGGAGACCCCCCCAAAAGGGAAGAACCAGAAGCGGACACAUUCUUUUCGCUGAUGCAGUACUUGCGCGCGUGGAACUCGAUCCCGCUGUUGCAGAGGUAUGUGCGGAACGCCGAGAGAAUUCGCUGUUUCUCUAUCACAAGCUCAGGAAUUGAAUUUAGAAAUUGCGUUUUUGCUUCUAGUCGCGACGCGGCGACUUUUUUGCGGUUCCGCAUUGCAAAGGCAACAGUAAUGCUUGAAAGCUAAGCUUUGGUGUGCGUGUGCAUUUGAAAGCCAGUUUUCUCUAGUCGCCGUGCGGAAGCGUCGCCGCGUGAGUGCGCAUAUGCAUGCGCGAGAAGGCGCGAAGUCGGUUACAUUAGAUAGUAGCUGCGCUUGGGUUUCGAGCUCCCUCCAUAUUAUGUUUGCAUAGCAAUCUAUUUGCAAUAGCAAUUGCACAGAUUGAUAUUUUUAGCAGUUUGAAAUUGAGGCAUGAGAACUACAGACUCGCAAAUUCAAUUCCUUUGCUUGUUAUUUUCCACGUUUACCUGCCCAGCAAGGCCGAGGCCUUGUAUGACGUCGAGGGCUUCGAGCAAGCUUGCGGGCCCAGGUGGCGCACGCACAAUGCGUAUUCGGCCAUCCAUAGUCAUCUCUAUGCAAAGAAGUUUGCUACGAAGAUUGGCUUGGACACCUACUUUGCAGCCGAUUUGCGGACAGGUUCCGUUGCUUUCUUGGAUGAGGAGCUCGGUAUGCAAGGGAAGAGACAUAGCCGGAAAGUAGCAACUUAGCGAACAAGCCGAGCCAGUAGGCGGUCAUCGUCUUCGGUGUCUUGUGGCUGUCGCCCGUUUUUCUUUGUUUUGCUUCUGCCUGAUUUUGGACCGCGAGGAAACGAGCUUGGGUUAGUAGUACUUCUUCCCUUCGUCCUUAAGUUUUAAGCACGGAAGAAGACCACGCUCCUGUCUCAGUCUCGAGCGCGACGCAGUACGGUCUUUCGGCGAGGCAGGAGUAGAGGUAUGGGACGAGGUAAUUAUAACUUACGCGACCACGACCUGGAAAGUCCGAGACAGUGGGCAGAUGUUCUUGUACGAUUAUGUCAACUGGUGUUGAAGAAGGUGACGCAUGCGGGUGCAGCCUGUCAUUGCAGCGACCUCCGUGGCCGGAACUUGAGAAUAAAGGGUGAUACUUACAUGUCGGCGCCACGUACUAAGUGCUAUAUUCCAAAUGAUAGGAAAAGAACGAUGAUACCUUGAUACGGCCAUUAUUUGCGUCACGAGGCCUAGCGGGGUUGUAUUGUACGGCAUUACUGUUCACCAGCCCGCUGCGGCUCAGCGAUCUCUUGCAAUCGGAUAAGGUUCGAUAUAUGCUCCAAUACACGGUUUUCCUUUUCACUGUGAUUGUUCUGCUCUAAGUUCCGAGUUCCUGGCCCAAGUUUUUAAUGAGCCGAUCCUUGAGUUUUCUUUUUUGGUUUUUUGGAAGAAGAGAAGUCGAGAAGCCCUUUCUUUGGACUCUCGCUCUCCCAAAAACACCGGAC